AUGGACUCUGGGCCUCCCCGGGCUGCUCACCCCACCCCAGGGGACACCCUCUCUGCCCCCAACGCCACCACACCGUGGCUGGGCCGGGAUGAGGAGCUUGCCAAGGUGGAGAUUGGAGUCCUGGCCACUGUCCUGGUGCUGGCGACAGGGGGCAACCUGACUGUGCUGCUGACCCUGGGGCAGCCUGGCCGCAAGCGCUCGCGCAUGCACCUGUUUGUCCUGCACCUGGCCCUGACUGACCUGGGCGUGGUGCUCUUCCAGGUGCUGCCCCAGCUGCUGUGGGACAUCACCUACCGCUUCCAGGGCCCCGACCUCCUCUGCCGGACUGUCAAGUACCUACAGGGUCUCAGCAUGUUCGCCUCCACCUACAUGCUGCUGGCCAUGACCCUGGACCGCUACCUGGCCGUUUGUCAUCCCCUGCGCAGCCUUCAGCAGCCCAGCCAGGCCAUCUACCCACUCAUUGCCGCUCCCUGGCUGCUGGCCGCCAUCUUCAGCCUCCCUCAAGUCUUCAUUUUCUCUUUUCGGGAGGUGAUCCAGGGUUCGGGGGUCCUAGACUGCUGGGCAGACUUCCGCUUCCCUUGGGGGCCCCGGGCCUACAUCACCUGGACCACCCUGGCCAUCUUCAUCCUGCCUGUGGCCAUGCUCACGGCCUGCUACAGCCUCAUCUGCCAUGAGAUCUGUAAGAACCUAAAAGUCAAGACGCAGGCCUGGAGAGCCCAAGGAGUGCGCUGGAGGACGUGGGAGGGGCCCUCGUCCUUCGCCCUGGCCGCAGCCGCACGGGGGCUGCCAUCCCGGGUCAGCAGCGUCAGCACCGUCUCUCGGGCCAGGAUCCGAACCGUGAAGAUGACCUUCGUCAUCGUGCUGGCCUACAUUGCCUGCUGGACACCGUUCUUCAGCGUCCAGAUGUGGUCGGUGUGGGACGAGAACGCCCCCGACGAAGAUUCCACCAACGUGGCUUUCACCAUCUCCAUGCUGCUGGGCAACCUUAGCAGCUGCUGCAACCCCUGGAUCUACAUGGGCUUCAACAGCCACCUGUGGCCGCGGCCGCUGCACCUCCUGGCCUGCUGCGGGGGGCCCGGGCGCAGGGUUCGCAGGCAGCUCUCCGACGGCAGCCUCUCCAGCCGCCGCGCCACGCUGCCCACCCGCUCCAGUGCUGUGCCCACCCUCACCCUCAGCCCCACCCUCAGUGGGAGGCCUGGGCGCGAAGAGCCGCUGAAGGUCUCAGAGCAGGUGGAUGCGGAAGCCUUGGCCGAGACCGGCGUCUUUUAG